AUGUCUUCGUCGUAUAAGCGCCUGACGAUCAAGCGGUUCCCUCGCGUUCAGGAGCGCGAGACCGCGGAGGCGCGAUACUGGCGAAAUUUCACCAACCCCGAAGUCCAGACCCACAACGCGCCGGUGUCAUGCAUCCACUUCAGCGCCACGGCCCCGCACGACUUUGCGGUGACGUGCUCCACGCACGUCUCCCUGCACGCGGCGGCCACCGGGCGCCAGAUUCGGAGCGUCGGCCGCUUCGACCACGUGGCGCACAGCGCUCAGCUCCGCUCGGACGGGAAGCUCAUGGGGACCGGGGACCACACCGGGACCGUCAAGGUGAUCGACGUUAAGACCAAGGGCAUCCUCCGAGCAUUCCGCGAGCACAAGGCGCCUACGCGAGUCGUGAGAUGGUCUUGCGACGGGCUUCAACUGGCCAGCGGCUCCGACGACAAAACACUCCGCCUGUGGGAUCUGCCAACGUCUACGGCCGUCCAGGUCAGGCAAGGCCACGCGGACUACGUGCGCGCGUUGGCGGCCUCCCCCUCGAGCCCGGACACCUGGAUCUCCGGAUCGUACGACCACACCGUCAAGAUGUGGGACACCCGACAACCCAAGGGAAACGUCCUGGAACUUUCCCACGGGGCUCCGGUGGAGGCGUGCCUGUUUUUGGGGGGGGGGGGUCUCUGCGUCAGCGCCGGCGGAAACGAGGUCAAGGUGUGGGAUUUGCUGGGGGGAGGGGGGGGACGGCUGCUGCACACGCUGGCGAACCACCAGAAGACGGUGACCUGCCUCGCGCUGGAUGGCACCGGAUCGCGGCUGCUGACGGGGGGGCUGGAUAGGCACGUCAAGAUUUACAACCUCGAGAACUUCAAGGUGGUACACAUGCUUAAGUACCAGGCGCCGGUGCUGGCCCUUGCCCUGGCGCCCGACAACUCGUCGCUCGUCGCCGCUACCACGGACCGGGCGCUGACGAUACGGCGAAGGGACCUCCGCCACGCGGCGGCACUAGCGGAGAGGGAGAUGGCCAAGUCGGGGAGAAUCGGGGGGCCCGUGGGAUCAGACGGGGGUCCCCGAUCUGUCCGCACCGGUACGGCCAGGUAUUUCAACCGAGGGAAGACGGAGGGGGCCGGGGAAGGGGACGUGAAGGUAGCGGCGAGGAGAAGCAGAGCUAUCGCCUCCUACGAUGAGUCUCUCCGAAAGUUUCGUUUCCGUGAGGCCCUGGACAGGGGUCUGGCUACGGGAAGCCCCCUGGUAGUGGCGGCGCUGUUGGAGGCGUUGAGGGAGAGGGGGGCGUUGGAGAAGGCGCUGUCGGGGAGGGAUGCGGCGGGGCUCGAGCCUGUCGUUGCGUACCUGGCAAAGCACCUCACGAACCCUCGACAUACGGAGCAGCUCAUCGCGGUCACGUCGAGCGUGCUGGAUAUGUACGGGGACGUUGUGGCGUCUUCCCCUAAGGCCCUCGGCCUCUUCGCGAAGCUACGAGCUCAGCAAACCCAAGGAAACUGA